GUCAGGCGUUUAGAGACGCUCAGGCUUAGCGAUGGGGUCGUAGGCGCAUUUUUUUUUCUCGGUCGUCCGUUUCGAGAUCAAAAACCAUGUCCGUGUUGGGGGCCAGUGUGUCUUGUGUUCCGCAAGAUGCCGAACAUAACGACACGGUUAACUCAGACUCGGCCUCUGUGCUAGACGCCGACACAGUGCAAAACACUAACACCCAUAAAUGUCGUGUCGAAGUUGAAACCCUAAAUGACAAUGAGCUUCUUAAAGGCCUUCUGACGGACACCUUCUGUCAGGUGUGUGACGCAGUAUUGCUGUUUGAGUCUCAGAGAGUCUCUCACUAUGAGGGAAAGAAACAUGCUCAAAGAGUCAGAAUCUACCUGCAGACCAAGAAGGCUGAAAGAAACAAGCCGAGGCAGGAAAUUGGAAUCUUUAGGAGCGAUAAUGUGGGUCCAGAUAAAUUCUGUGAGCUGUGUAACAUGGUGUUCAGCUCCUGCAUGGUUGCCAGGUCUCACUACAAGGGUAAAGUCCAUGCUAAGAACAUGAGGAAAAGCAACAUGGCUCCUUCUGUAGAUGUCAGAAGUGCAGUGGGGUCUCCAUAUCUCCCUGUUCCCACCGGGCAUGGGGCAUUGAGUGAGAUGGUCCAGGACCAGAAGGAGAACACUGUCUCAACCCCUCAGUGGGUGGACUUGGACAACCCAGACAAGUAUUGCAAGCUGUGCACAGCCUCGUUCAACAACCCCCUAAUAGCCCAGCAGCACUACAGCGGACGCAAGCACCAGCGCAACCAGGCCCGGCAGGAGCUUCUGUGCAAGCUUGGGGAGGAGUCUGAGCAUGUGCACUCCCUAACAUGUCCAGUGUGCUGUGUGACUCUCAGCUCCAUAGAAACAUACCAGGCGCACAUGCAGGGCAACAAGCACCACCUAAAAGAAAAGAAGAUAGCUGGUUUAUGCAAAUCCCAGAAGAAAGUAUAUGACUCCUUCCAGGAUGAGUUGGCUGACUACAUCCAGGUCCAGAGAGCUCGAGGACUGGAGCCCAAAACAGGGCAGGGUCCUGAAGGGCCAGAGCACAGGACAGCAGAGGAGGAAGCUGAAGACACUGCACAGGAUGGGGAGGUGGCCUGCCCCUCUGCUGCUCCUCCUAGCCUCCACAAGCCUCAAUGGCUCCCGCCAUUUCAACCUCGAAUCACCCAAUUCGACUUCAGAGGGAGAUUUCCCAUGCAAAAGGAGUGGAAUCAGGGCUACCCUUUCCUCUCACCACCACUACUCAUUUCUGGUCUUACAGGUAGGUCAUUACAUAGGGGGAGGAGCCCCGACUCAUCUAGCACCACCUCAUUCUCCAGCUCCUCCUCCUCCUCCUCCUACACCAGCAGCAGUGGGAGUAGCAGUAUAAGCAGCAGUGAGGAUGGUGGAGAGAGGAGGAGACGCAGGAGAAAGAGACGAGACGGAGCAAGGGGUAGGAGAGAGCAGGACGAUGACUCCGUGAAGGACACAGAGAGAAGGCAUAGCACGAGGAGGAGUAGAAAUGAAGCAGAAGAGGAACAAGGCCACGCAAGGCAAGGGAGGAGACAGAGGAGAAUGAGCUUUGAGGAGGAGCAAAGAGAGCAGGGAGUGGGUGGGGAGAGAAGGAAAUGGAAAGAGAAAAGGCCCAGAGGAAGAGUGCCCCAUGACAGUGAGGAUUAUGGUAGAAAUAGAAGAACCGGCCAGAAGAAUAAGAGACACACAGAAGGCCCCUACGGAAAGAGAUGGAGAGGGGAGGGCGAGGAACAGUGGAGCAAAGCGUCUGUUGAAGAAAGAGGAGAGGGGGGAGAGCCGGCCAUGAUGGAGGGUACCCUAGGGGACAGACCUGGACCUGCAGAUGAGAGAGCAAAAUGCAAACGAGAGAAGAAGAAGAAGCUGAAGGAGAAGAUGGACAAAGGGGACACAAGGACCGAAGAGGAGAAGCUCUGGGAUGAAACCAUACUGGGAUUAUUCUGACAUUUUCACAUCUGGGAGGCUGAUGAAUCCUGUGGUUUUAUGCAUGGAAGACAAAAGUGCUGGACUUAAAGCCAGAGCAUCUCCCCCACUGGCACACAGCAAGGAUUCCUGGAAAAAAGGUGACGCAGACGGAUCCGCCUGACUUGUUCUGUGUUAGUGUGGUAGAGCUGGCUGAACUGUCCUCUGCCAGUUGACAUUUCUGCUUUACACAGAGGAAACCAGCACAUAAAAACUGUUUUUUUUUUUUCAGGUAUUCUUCAAAACUACACUGGUUUUGCAGAACAGUAACCAGAAUAUUCUUUUGCUAUGUGGUCUAGAUGUGUGAUCUGCUACUACUGACCAUAAAUCUAUUUGCACUAACCAUGUUGAUCUUCAAACUAAGCGAAUGUAUCAUCUCAUACUGUACUCUCAAAUUAAAUAAAUACAAUUUACUAUUUAUUACAGUUUACAUUUAAUAAAGUAAGUAAAAUAAUUUUCUAAAUUACUAAUCCUAGCACAAGCUAACAACCUACUUUUAAGAUAUAAACUAUUGGUGUUUACCACAUAAAAACUAGUAAUGGAAAUCUGGAGGAAAAAAAAGACUAAAUGUUAUUAGGAAAAAGAGUAAAGUUGUGAAUAAAGAUGAAUGACAGAUGGUAGAGGAAAUGAAUUAAUUCCCAAUUUUACUUUCAGCUUUUGAAAAUUGUUAUUACUUAAAAAAAAAAACUGCACCAGUGAAAACCGCUGAAAUGCCAUUCUGUGUCACUAAGUCACCCAAGCUAAUGAAAUGAAAGGGAGACUAUUGUCUAGCCUAAGCUCUACACCAUCGAUGCCAUCAAUAUGUUGAUUCGCUAUGUCUUAUUCUGUUUGCUAGCUUUGCUGUUAGCUGGUACUUAGCCUUUCACAUGGUCUUGCCUGGAAAAGCAGUUGCCAAACCAAACAUGCUAACACAGCCGACAACAAAUUAGGAGCUAAUUAGUGUGCUAUCCUUUUAUUUAUUUAUUUCUAUUUGUUUAUUUUUGCCAAUAUUUCUGACCUGUUCCUUUAAUGGCAGUACAAUCAUUCCAAGCUGACUCAGGGAGGCGCUGUUUUGUUUCAAAUGUAUUUCCUCCGCAUCAUGUUGAGGGCAAAGCCAGUGGUGGCAGGUGGUGUUGCGAUUUUGCCAUGUUACAGAUCCACCAGCCACUCUGAACCAUUAUUGCAUGGUAUGAUGUAAAUGAGUCUUUGUCCAAGAUUCCUGUGUCUUAUCAGUACUCAUAAUUUGUGUUGGUUUGAACUGUAUUGUAAACAUGAAACUCAAACAUAUAUGCUGUCAUGAUGUCACAUACAUGUGUGUGCCUAAAUGUUUUGGGUUGGGUUUUUUUUGUUGUUUGUUUUUUUUGGGUUUUUUUUUGUCAAGACAGGUGCAUUUUGGGGCAAAUGAGGACGCUUGGCUUUCAUCACUUCAAACUGGUUGAUCUUUUUUUAGGUUAGAGCUUAUUUGUCCCCUGUGCAAGCAUGAGGUAUUGAAAAUAUAUUACUUCUCAGAGCCAAAACAGCUCGCACAAAUAUACAGUUAAAUAUACAGGUGUCACUGCUUAUUGUGACUGCAUUAUUUGUUACGUACCCACACAUUUUAUACCCUUGGUUGAUAAUACAUCUCUUUCACA